AUGAAGUUCAAUAUCAAUAAUAUCCAGAAAGAGAUGAUCAAGCCUGCUAUUAAAGGGACUACGGAGAUCCUCAAAAGUGCUCAUAAAUAUGGGGACACGUCUUUGAGGCGGUUCGUACUGUUGGGUAGUGCUGUUUCUGUCCUCAACUCCUUCGAGGACAUCACCCACGAGGGCCACCCUUACAACAAAAAUGAUUGGAACCCGGUGACCACUCAGCAAGCCAUUAACCAGAAAGACACAGUGCUUGGCUACAAUGUAUCCAAGACUCAGAGUGAAAAAACUGCGUGGGAGUUCAUGAAAAACAACAGGCCCAACUUCGAUCUAGCCCCGAUCAAUCCGGACAUUAUCACAGGCCUUAUGAGUCAUCCCAUCUCGGGACCAAGCUCUAUCAACGAGACCAACCACUUUACAAUCGCGAGUUUCAUUGAUGGGACACACAAUGCCGUCGAGGACGUGCGAUUUCCGUUUGAUCACUUUGUUGAUGUUCGGGAUGUCGCCCAGAUUCUGCGUAUCUCUGGAUUAAUCACGCUGCAGUUGGUAGUGAAUAUCAUUCGACAGAACUUUCCCAGCUUGAGGGAUCGUGUUCCAGAAGGAAACCCUUCACAAAUCUUGCCAGACAGAGUACAUCCCACUGGUUGGGAUAUGCGGAUCAGCUUGGAUGUCUUGUCCAAGGGGAGAGAAGUUGGAUAUUGGAAGUAUAUUUAG